AUGCUUCGGAAUAUCAAACUCUUGCCCAUUUGUAAGACGAUCACAGAAUUUACCAAGCUAGACAUACGACCGCACGACUUACCCCAGAUCAGACUCAAGGCAGUGACUGACUUGCAACGUUUGGAGCCCUCUGAAGACGAUGAGAGGAAAGACCAUCAGUAUAUAGCCGAGCUCUCGGGACAUCGUCCAGUAUGGAACUCCGCCGUACCCUGGACAGCAUAUAGAUCUUCGCACGAUGAUCGGGGGAAAGGUGGACCAUUUGGCUGGGAGACGGAGGAACAACGAAGACGUUCUGAUAUUAAAGAAUAUUACAUCAACGCCGCCAUACGCCAAAGUCGAAGUACUUAUCCUUGGACAGGUCAACAGCUGGGUUUCACAGGGGAUCUUGGAGAUGAUGACAGGGAGAAGGGAAGCACUGAUCCUCCUCCUCCUCCCGCUGGUGAUGAGAAAGUCGGACCCUCAAAUACCAGAGACAUGGAACUCACAACUGUCACCACGGAUCCCACCCUGUACCGAGCCAAGAUAUGUUCAGGUGCAUCAUCCCCUAUCUCCAAUUAUACUCUCAGCGAAAAUACCGCUCGAUCAUUCCGGGAUGUCCUCGAGUGGCAGAAUAGUGAUGUGGAUAUCCGUCUAUCUGAAGGUAUCCCACUUGAAGAGAAAAAGGAAUUGAGAACAGGAUGGGCAGAGAUUGAUACUACGAAUGGGAAUAAGUCACCAGCGUAUCUCUGUAAAGGUGGAUUAUCAGAAGAACAACUGGAUAUGCUGAGAUCCAUCGCUUUACUUGAUGUCCAUUAUUCAUCGGACGUCCAUACUUAUUUCCCUGCCGCGGAUAAGUAG